ACGACGCCGCCCUUUUCGCCGUCAAGCACUACGCCAGUGCUAGAGAAUCCCGAGCUCGACUUCGAAGGCACCGUCGAAGUUAACAAUGAUAUACCAUCGGAGAAGGACAUGGGUCGCGUAGAUGAUCUCUUGGUGCUCGACUCCAGCGGCGAAAGCAGACCGUUCAGAGAUCUGUACAAGGGCGAAGGUGUGGCACCGCGCCAGCUCAUCAUCUUCAUCCGGCACUUCUUCUGCGGGAACUGCCAGGAGUACCUGCGCGAGCUGUCCGCCUCGAUAACGCCCGAAUCCCUCCUCGCACUCCCCGAACCAACAUUCAUAACCGUCGUCGGCUGCGGGCGCCCCGAGUUGAUCGAAAUGUACGCGCAAACGACCAAGUGUCCGUUCCCGAUCUACGCCGACCCGACACGCAAACUGUACGACCUGCUCAGUAUGACGCGCACGUGGGAUAUGGGCAAGAAGCCUGAAUACAUUCAAUCCAACAUGCUCUUCACCUCGGUGCAGUCCAUCGUGCAGAGUCUGAAGACGGGCAGCAAAGCGCUCAAGGGCGGAGACUUCAAGCAAGUGGGCGGCGAGUUCCUAUUCGAGGACGGCAAGUGCGUGUGGGCACAUCGCAUGAAGCACACAAGAGACCACACCGAGGUCUCAGCGGUGCGGGAGUUGCUGGGACUGAAGGGGGAGAAGAUUCCGCUGAGGAAGAGAUGGAGCCAUGGCGUCAAAACGCUGAAGGAACAGGGGAGAGACCGGAGCAGCAGCUGGGGGAGGGUGAGGAGCAAGAGCAAGGGAGCGCACGAGAAGGACGGGAGCAAGACGCCUGAUACGGUCGAGGAGGAG